GUGCAGUGAUGUGAAUGUUGAUGAGACAUCGACAGAGUUAUGAGAGUUGUUGAACUUGAAUAAUUACGCUGAAUGUAAUUUUGCAACCUGGCAAUCAUGAAUUGGAUUAAAAUUUUAGGACUACUGAUUCACUUGAAUUGUUUACUAUUCCUUCCAUUGUCUGUUCAUUCAUUGGAUACAGCCUGCGCACAUGUCACGGACAAGAACACCACUGUCACGGUGACCCAAAUUCGAUAUAACCACAAGUUCUACACAAGGAUCGCCUUAGCCAGUAAAUAUGAGUACCAGUCAAGUUUAGAAGAUGCAUCCACCAGUCUCUAUAGAACCACUGCCAUUGAUGUCAAAGAUGAGAUCGAGAGUCGCUUUGUGACCACAAGUGGUGACUCUCCCACCCUUUACGACGUGGUGGUCGUCCGCUUCACUUCCAUCGCCUCGUCCCCGUCGUUCUCGACAUCCAACCUCCCGGCUGACAUCACCCUCCUGGCCGAUAUCAUCAUCAGUACGAGCAAUGAUGAAGUGGGCGUGGAUAACCUGGAGACCACCCUCCUGCUGGCUGCCAUGCUAGCAGACACUUCCAGGCUCUUCUAUGUCAUCACCACACCUAGUACUGUGGAUGUAUGCUUGAGAGAAGUUAUACACACAUCCCAAGGUCUGUUGACCUGGCAUGUUACUGAAGUAGGCAUCAAUCAAGGAACAACAGAGAAGUGCCCAGUUGGUUUUGAAAGAGCUGGUGAGCUUUCUGUCUCAGUCCGUACCUGCAGUAGAGAUGCGGCUGGCCAUGCAGCCUGGGCUCAGUUUACUUGUACUGACUGUGGAUCGGUCACACAGGAAGGAGGGCUGCUUGAGCUUGGUGAACAGAUAACCAAAAGAGGGGAGAAUGAUCCAAACCUGAUCAUCAUCAGAAAUGCCAUUGAUUUAUUGAGAGACACUGAUGAGAUCACCAGUGUCAGCAUACUUGCUGUUGCUGAAAUACUGGAAGCACUAGCAAGAACAGGAAAUGUUUCUACUGAGGUCCUGCAAGAAGUGACCACGUUGCUCAGCCUAGCCCUAGCCGUCGACACCUCCAUCAUCAUCGAAGCCGAAACCCUCUACUUCUCAUCCUCUCGCAUCAAUAGCGCCCUCGUGACGAUCCUCUCCAUCACCCACUUCAGCGACCGCCUCAACGUCACGACCACCUCGGCCAACGUCAACCUGGGUAUCAGGAGACUGGUCGAGGGCACUAUCGAUUUUAGCUGGUACGGGUUGAGCGUCGAAUCGGACCAACUUAACUCUGGGAGUGGAAGCAGCUUAAAUUUUUACGAUAACCAAUUGUUGGCGUACGAUGAGGAUUUAACUGCUUCCGUGCAUUUUCAGUUUGGUGAUCUGCCAACUCCAGGCCAGGCUGAUGUACGUCUCACGUAUGUCAUGUACCCAAUGGACAAACUCUUUCAGCCUGUGAUUACCCCGACCUCUGAGUCAGGUAACCAGGGCGGUGCCGAUGGCUGGGUCAUGUCACUUCACCUGGCAGGGGUCGGAGGUCAAAUUAGGAGUACAGUCACAACUACGAGUAGACCGAUCAUUCAGACUGUGGAACUUCCUGUGUGUGGCACCUGGAAUGCUACGAUGAAUGGUGGCCAUGGCGACUGGAUCCAAGAUGGCUGCCAGCUGGCUGAGAUUCUCGAUGGGGACCUUGUAGUGUGUCAGUGUGAAACCAGAGGCACGUUUGCACUGAUCAAGGGUGUAAUAGCUGAACCCCUCGUUUAUCCUCGACUUAAUGCUCUGGUCUUUGUUGGAAUAAUCGUGGCGUUUCUUGGUGCUCUGCUGAGCUUCUUAGUGCUCAUCUGUAUCAAAAAACUUCGUAAAAGGCAGCUCUACAGGAUGGAGGCUGCCUUGUGUCUUCCAGUGGCCAUCUUCUACCUGGCCUUCGCUGCUGGGCAAAGUGCGCCCUCUUCGACAACGGGAUGCACAGUCGUAGCGGGGAUCCUUCACUGCUUCAUAUUGAUCUGCACCUGCUCUACGGUAGCCAUUACAGCUAAAUUCUACGACACGUCCCGGCGGAAGGCAGUGGCCUCCAAGCGGUUUGCGUUGUACACGUUAGCGGCGGCAUGGGGAGCACCAACAGUUAUUGUGUGUGUGACGGUAGCUUCGACACAGAUAGUCUACAAGAAUUCGGCUCCUCAAUGCUUCCUGAAUAGAAGCAACCCCUAUCCCCUCAUCUUUGCUCUCGUCCUACCCAUGGUGGCGUGCUUGAUAGGAGUAUUUGUUAUCAUCAUCCAAACGGAACGAAACAUAAGGAAACCUGACACGACGGUCAGCCAAGAGGGCGCCAGGAAACCCUGGGCGUGGCUUACAAGCGGUUGCAUGAUUCGGAUGAUGUUCAUAUUCAUCAUGUGCUAUGCGACGUGGUUCCUCCUGUUUUUUGUCGUGUACAACUUGGUACCGAUACUCCAAAAUUUGUUUGGUGUGUUCGCCAUCUUGCAAGGUCUAGCCUUCCCUGUCGUCCUCUGCAUUCUGGACGAGGAAGUGAAACUUGCCACGAUGGCAGUGUUUGGGAAAGGAAAGAAGAGCAGUACGUCAAGGUCCUUCAAGCCGUACUUCUCCGCGUCGCACUGGCACCCUAACCCGGACAUCGUCCCGGUGGACGCCCCCAAGCAGUUCCUGGACAACACGCAGAGGAACAGCACCCUCACGCGGCAGAACUUUGACCCGACGGUGAUACCGUUGUCGGACACCGAGCAGCGCAGGAUGGGCAAAGGAAAAGGCCGUGUGAAUACCGCUGCAGAACAGAGUGGGGAACAAAUCGAGAUGACCUCUCUAAGAACUGUCGAGACCCGGGAUUACUCUGCAUAUGAAGAGCCUAUCGGAAGUUUAACACCCUCUCCAAUAAUAGGAAAGGAUCGAAAUGAGAAAGCAAAUGGACAUGCGAAUCGAUUUGCAGUUGAAGCUGAGAUUGAAUUGAGUUGAAAAUGAAUUUUCAGAUCACACUUGAUUCUCCCUAACAUUUCCCUAUUAUUCUUGUGUAGUCUGUGAAAAUCUUGUGCUCUCUUAUAAUGAGAAUAUAAAUCAAUUGCACACAGCUUCUAUAUUUCAUAUUAUGUAUCAAAGAAAAAUAUAUUUAUCAUUCUGUUUUUGUUUUAAAAAAUAAUUAUAGGUGUUGUGGUCUAGUGGAUAAUUGACCGGAAUAUAGAUCACAAGGUACGGGGUUCAAAUCCCAGCCCAGCACUAACGUCCUUUAGCAAGACGUUAACCUACAUUCAUUACUCUCCAUCUAGGUAUAAAUGGGUACCUGAUAUGCUUGAGUGCUAAUUACUUUAGCAGCUUCCAUAAUUAUAAUAUAAUAAUUGUAACCAGGGUAAUAAUGUCUAAGUGCCAUGAGCGCUCUGCAUGGCAGAUAUACAUGUAAGUGCUAUAUAAAGUGGCCAUUAUUAAUUACAUCUACCAGUAAUGGCAGACGUGGUAAUUUGGGGAGAAAAAUUAAAUAUUUAAACUGAAAUAUAUUUGAAAGUUGAAGGUAUAUGCAUUAAAACUGAAAUGUAGUGGUCAGUUCCAGGAAUGAGUCUAUACAAUGAUAAAUGUUAUAUCUUAUAUUAUAUAUUUGAAAUAUGGUAGCUAAUCUACAGACUAUUUUUGUUUCAAUUUGAAAAUUUCAAGUACUGUUGUUCAUUUUAUUGAUCGGUUGUAUUUUGUUUGUACAGAAGUGCUGCAGAGGAGAAGAUGUUCGUGAUUUUAUCAAAGUUAACAGUACUUAUUUUUCUCUUUUAAUAGAGGGUUUAUUUUUAGAAAAGAUAUCUAUUUUUUACUCGGGUUAGUAGCAACAGUAGUUGAACUCACAUGUAUAUGUGUACAAUCAGGAGAAUUGGAAUUUCUUGGUAAAUUCAUUUUAUUUUUAUUAUACGAAAAGCUGUAUAGCUAUAUUAUAAGUAAUUUCAUACUAUUCUAGUCUGAUUGUCAUGUAUGAAGUGAUUGUUUUCUUUAUCCAAAUGUACAGCUGUUUUUAUAUCUGUCGGCCUAAGUACUCGGCCUACAAAUUUAUAUGUAGUUUAUUAUAUAGCUACCUGUCAUAGCUAUAGAUGUAUAUUGAUAGUGUUUAAACAAGAUAAUUCACAUUUUUAUAUUUUUUUAUAAUCAUUUUGUGACUGUAUAAAUAUAGCAAAAUGAUAUUCAUGGCCUACAGCCGUAUGCUUCAUUUGAUAUGAAAUAGAUUUUGAUACAUACAUGUUCAUGUACAAUGGGUAUAUCUUAUUCUCAAACCUUCAUAUCAAUUUGAUAAUUCAUCUUUUUUAUGAGCUCUAUGCUUUUCUUUGUCUAGAUAAACAUGUGUCUGUUAUGCAGAAUAUAAAGUUCUUUUUAAUUUUCUAUGAAAA